AGAAAGUCUUUAGAUAGCAAAUGCAAAUAUUGAUAUGCAUUUAUACUUGUGCAGGAGGUAUCCAGUUCAGAAACUUAUUUGGCAUAGAUAUAUUAAUUCUAUUUAAGUGAAGGAAAGAUGAAAUUUUUGAUUUUACUCGUACUAUGGACUCUUUGCAUUAUCAGUCCAGCGGCAUUAGUGCAUGAAGGGAAUUACUAUGGUUCUAUCAUAAAAAACGUCUAUGAAAAAUAUAGAAGUGCUGGAGUAAUCAUAGCAUUAGCGUCGAGUGAUCGCGAUUUAGAAAGAGGCACGUUGUGGUAUGAAACAACUAGGAUGUUAUCUAAUGGAGGCAUUUCGACACUUAUCCUCGAUUUCAAGCAAUUUGAAAGCCGAUUAAACGAAUAUAUAGGAAAGACGUAUCCUUCUCUCAUUGUGAUUGAUCUCAAUGUAAUUGACGAAUUGCACAGCUUGGAAUCCAUUACCAAAAAUUUAGAUAUGAGCUAUUCUGUCUGGUUAAUAUUUUUUAGCCAACAUAAUAACUAUGAUAUAUGUAAUUUUUGUCGUAAUCCACCUAGCAAUUUUAUGAAUCUUAACUUUGGUUCGAAAGCACUCAUUUUGUGCUGCGACUCAGAAAUCAUUGAAGAAUGGUGGUGUACCGAGAAGCAUUGUCCCAAGAGACAGGCACUUGCUCAAUUGAUGAAUGGAAAUUUAUACAUUAGUUGGUUUCAUGAUAAAUGGCUUCGUGAUCGGAGGAAUUCAAUGGAUGGCCAAAGAUUGCGUGUUGCUGUAGAGAUGGAACAGCAAGCCACGGAUUCUACUGGAAGAGUUGACGGAAUCACAAGUGAAGUUUUAAAAAGUAUGUCUAAAGCAUUGAAUUUUACUGUAUCUGAAAUUCUUUGGGAGCGGGGUUAUGGAAGUUGGAAUCGCACAGCUUCUAAAUGGACAGGACUGAUCGGCAGAAUUCAGCGCAAUGAAGCGGAUUUGGCUCUCGGCGCAUUCAGCAUGACUAAUGAACGAUUGGACAUCAUGCGUUUUACAACUCCCACUUAUUGGGGAGUUUACCAACUACAUUUUCGAAGACUUGCUGCAGUUCGUUUAUUCUGGGACGCUUAUUUCAAGGUGUUUAGAUGGGACGUAUGGAUGGCAAUAAUUUGCUUAAUUCUUAUCAGUGCCAUGAUGUUAGUUGUUAUCGGCUAUAAUGUAACAAAUUUCCAUAUUUUUUCAUCAGUCUGCGAAAACUGUUUUCGUGUUUGGAGCAUUUACUGUCAACAAGGCUUGUCAGAAUUUCCUAGUCAACUGCAUUUGAGAAUUUUUUUCUUAUCACUAACGAUAUCAGCGUUUGUUAUCUCAACUAUGUAUUCUGCUUUGCUCCUGAGCAUUCUCGCUGUGUCUUCAACAUCUGCACCGUUCAGCUCAUUAGAAGAGUUCGCGGCCGACGGCACUUACAAGCUCAUUGUGGUAAAAGACACUGUAUACUACGGAAUGUUCAAGAGAUCUACUCAAGCAGUUGAAAAGAAGAUGAUGGCUCUUAUGAAGGCAGAGAGAUUACUGCCCCGAACACACGAGGAAGCGUUUAAACAGAUAUGCACCCAGAGACUGGCGUUGUAUACCCAUGAAAUUGCAAAAUUGAAGUAUCAGAAUUCAAUACCUUGCGAAACUAUAUCCAUAAGGGCUGGAAAAAUGGAAACUACCACAAUGGCUGUGCCACGGAACAGUGUAUACAUAGAGCACAUUAAUAAUUAUAUUCUAAACUACAUGCCUCGAGGAGGCCUUCGAGAAUUGCUGACUAAGUAUUAUGCGGCACCUACUGAUUACGAAGAUGCCUAUCAACCGGUAAAUUUCCCUGGAAUCAGUCCACUUUUGGUUAUCUUGGGAAUUGGAAGUUUGAUUGCUUUCGUCACCUUCAUUAUUGAGAGCUAUUUUCAUCCACCAGCGAAGAGAGAAGACAAUGGCAAUGAAAAUUUUUCUCCUUUUAAGUGGCCGAGAACCAAAAAAGGGAAACAUCGUGGAGCUAUUAUUUCUUCCCUUCUAAAAACCAAAAAAUAUUUUUCGAAAAAAACAUUUCACUUUGAGUUUGAGCAUCAAAAUCAUAUAAAAUAACUUUUUCAAGAAUUGUUUGGUUGUAAACGAGGAUGAUUUAAUACUAAGAAGAACAAGGUCUCAAUCACACUGUUAUUCCGUUGUCUUUGCAAUUACGUCCGUCCAUUUAGCCUUACAGCACAUAUAAAAAGCGAAGAAAUAAAGCUUUUAAGUGUUGAGUUUCGUAACGUUUUUAAAUAAGCUUUAGUGACCUUGAAUCCACGAAUAACAAGGCUGAACCAAGUCUGUAACGAUAAAAGUGCCUGAAAUGCAAUUAUAAUUUCCUGAAAUAAAUACCUAAAAAAGCUGUAGUUGGUUGGAUAGUGCGACUCUAUAAUGAAAGCGUUCAUUUGUAAUUUUCUGGACAGUUUGUGCCCCUCUAGUUUAGAGUGAUCUUGGACCCAAUGUUACUGAUUUUGUUCACGGAUGAUAAAGCUGUCAUCAUAAACUCUCAUAUCAAUUUGCAAAGUUCACGAAGAAAAUGUUGUUAUUUGAGUAUUCUUGCUCGAAAUAUACAAAACUAAACUAAUGACUUUCAAGGCACGCCGUAAUGUGAGAAAUCUGCCAUAGAGAAACACUUAAAUAAAUAAUGCAAACACAUUCACCAAAAUCUGUUUGACACUCAAAUUAUUAGUGGUUUGAAACACUUCGGUUUACCAAUGAUCUAAAUUUAAAUAGUUGUGAUUCUAUGCUUUGUCGUCUGAUCAAACUUAACACAACACAACAUAACUUAACUUAACAUUCUACUGAGAACCAUAAAUUUUGGAAAUAUCAAUUUUGUCAGGACAGA